AUUCGGCACAUUCCUGAACCAUUUAUUUUCCUUAUCGGCGCCAACCUAGCUAUUGCGAGCUGUAUGCUCGGCUAGAGAAAUUUCAAAGGCCUUCGGAUAAUUGAAGAAUUCGACGACAUUUUUUCCGAUAGGUUCGCUGUUGUUCCAGCGGUGUUCGGAAUGACAGCCCCCAUACAUUUUGAACAGUUUUAAGAGAAAAAAAUGCGUAUAUAAUGAAAAAUCAAACAUUUUCAGAAAAGUGGGGUACUGCAAAGUGUGGCAAUUUCGCUAACGAUCAUAAUGCGUGAUGAAUUGUAGCGAUUAAUUUUGACUGGUAUUUUAUUUAGACGAUUUUCCAAAAAAGAUGAUCGAUAUUUUGGAUAACUUGAGUUAUAUGUUGCAAAAGUUGAAAGUAAUUAUCAAAUGUAAUGUAAAAGUGUUUAAACAUUACUUUUCUUCCAGUUUGACCAAAAUAUUGAUCUUAAAAAAGCAUUUUGGUGAUUUUUUUGAAAAAUUCGAAUAACUGGUCAUUUUUUAAGAAAGUUAUUGUAAUUAUGCUGUAAUAUGACUCUAAUAGUUUGUUCUAUCAAUGAUACACACAUAAGGAGCAUUAUCAAUCAAUUAAAUCUUAUUUAAAUCAAUUUUUCAAAAGAGCUUUUUGGUAAAUUCGAGGAAAAAGCAUAAAAAUUAACUCAGCCCCUAAGAUUUAUACAUCAUUCGAUUCGUUUUUGCAAUUGCCACACUUUACAAUAACUUUCAUCGAUGUUUAAAAAUAUUUGAAUGAAAUAAAAAUCAAAAACUGCAAAAAAAAUGAAUAUUUCCAAGCACGCUGUCAUUCCGAACAUCGUCGCGUAGUGCUUCUACUCGCCACCAGCAUGCGUGCACGUUUCUGUCGAAUCACUCAAACGAGUCUGUAUAUUAUAAAUCUUGAUGUUUUGAGCUCUAAAUAUAAUCGCAUUAGUGGCCAAAGUGCUUCAAAAAUCCGGAUAACCGUUUGCUGAAAUUACUUUGCCCAGUUUCUCCGUGCAAUAUCAACGGAGAUCGCGUUCGACGCGCGUAUGACACAUGACUGACUCAAUAAUCUUAUCGGCUAUCGGAGCUUUCAAGAGAUAACGACUAUCAAAACAAAAAGGGAGAAAAAAGAAACCCGUAAUGUAUCACUUGCGCGAUAUGGAUGGGCCCAAAAUACCAUUGCCAAGUUCGCGCACUUCAAUUUGGCAAUAUCUUUCGAGCAAGACGAACGCGAGUGAUGAUUUUGGGUACUAAAUUGUGUGGAAUGUACGAAAUUGUGCCCUGGACCUUUGUCAAAGGUGUGAUACUUUAGUUGAAAGUAUAAGAUUUGGUGGACCUGAACUGACUAGACGGAAAUGAGUUUAGACUCUCUCGAUUCCAAAUCGGGUAGUCCUUAUUCUCACGGAAAGCAUUGGCGUCGGAGAAAUAAACGAGGAAAAGAAGAAGACGACGAUUUUAACCUGGAAAAUCGCUACUCUCGCCCAAUCAACAUUGUAAACUACAACCGCCAAGAAUCGGGAGAAAUGCACACCUCGCCUGGAUCUCCUUAUCAAAUAAGAAAACCGGUUGCCCUGUGGGUCGAACAGCAGCAGAGGCACAACACUGACGAAGAGUGGAAAAGCAGCCAGGAGUCAGAACUGAAUUUUGAGCAGAAACAUGAUCGUGGAGAUAACAACGCUUCGAAUAAAGCUCGCCGGCGAAAUAUUGACCAGAGUGACCGGAGAGUUGGAGACGGUGCCAUCUACCAUCCGCAGGAGGAGCAGGUUCAGUUUCCGAUAGUAUAUCAGAGCACUCGAAACCUGAACCAAAGUCGACAGAGGAGAAAUUCGGAGCUCCACCGAACGCGCGGUUUUAAAUCAAAGUCGAAACGUGUAAUCAACAAAAAAGGAAACCUGAAUGUGCUGCUGGUUAACUUGCCCCAGAAAUCGUUGCGCUUUGUGAAGGAUCUUGUCACCACAUUGGUAGACGUCCGGUGGCGGUAUUUGCUGCUAGCGUUCGGGCUGAGCUUUUUCGGUAGCUGGAUCCUGUUCGCCACGUUGUGGUUCCUGAUUGCGUACGCCCACGGCGACCUGGACUUUGAUCCGGAAACGGGUGAACGGUUGGGCGACGGCGACCAGCCGUGCGUUCUGAACGCCAAAAGCUUCGCCGGAUUUCUGCUGUUCAGCAUCGAAACUCAGGUACCAACGGAAGAAUGUCCCGAGGCGAUAUUCCUGCUGAUUGUCCAGAUUAUCGUGGGUCUCGUCAUCGAGGGUGGCAUGGUGGGAAUUGUGUACGCGAAACUGAUCCGUCCACCGAAACCCCACCCUCGGGACAAACGGUUCAGCAGGGUGGCCGUCGUUUGCCAACGGGACGGCAAACUGUGCUUCAUCUUUCGGGUGUGCGAUCUCAAGUUUCAUCACGCAAUCGGAACAAAAGUUACCGCCGUAAUGCUCGAACAGCGCCGAUCGCUCGAGGGCGAACUCAUCGAAAAGUACGAAUCGUCCAUGAAGCUCGAAAACAAGGGACGCAUUCUGCUGUUCUGGCCGUUGACGGUGUGCCACGUGAUCGACUGCGACAGUCCGCUGUUUGACAUUUCGGCGAAAGAUUUGCUGGAAAAACGGUUCGAAAUCGUGGUAACAAUCAGCGGUGGGAACAAAACUACCGGUCAGGUUAGUGAAGCCAGCACGUCAUAUCUGCCGGGGGAGAUCUACUGGGGGCACCGGUUCCAGAACAUGAUUCACUACGACGGCGCGAAUGAACACUUUGUCGUUUCCGGCCAGCAUCUGGAUGCUACCGAGCCGGUUGAUACGCCGCUGUGCAGCGCCCGACGGUUGGAGGAGGUCCUGGAAGAAGUGCAGCACUUUAUGGAGAACGAUCGGGUGCGGGAGUUUGACGGAAUGGACGAUGAUGCCGCGAGUGACUCAGAUCAUGGUCUGCAAAUCAAAGAGUUGCGUAUCGCAUUGGAAAAGGAAUUUAAAAGCUCGAAUCAGUCUAUGGGAAAGACGGUGUUGGAUGAACCAUCCAAUGAUAUUACCGAAGAAAAGGAACUCGAAAAUUGUAAUAAAAAUUAACUUGAUGUUUUACUGUCAAA